AUGCGCUGUCGGGAAUGCAUCAAGUUGACUCCGGACAUCCUCAAAUGCGAUGGUGAACCCGUACCUUUCCACGACAGCUUUGCCGCGUUUGAGGCCUCUGCGAGAUCAGGAUGUGAGCUCUGCACGGUCCUGUUUUGGAACAUCCAAAAGUUCCGAUGGGGACGGGAUGAGCGGCUGAUACGGCACGCUGAACUUGCCAGGUCCUCUGAUCCGUUGGCUGUGCGCUGGUAUGACAUGGGAAAGAUCUUCACGGGACAUGUCGUUCAGGGUUUAGAAGUCCUCUAUCGCAACAUGGGUCGCAAGAAACGGUUGGCCUAUUCUGUUCUUCAGGAUCCUGCUGAAGUUGACCUACCUGUCCCCAACUCAGCAAGGCUACCAUCGUACACGGAAACGAUCCACGCAUGGAUGCAGCUUUGCGACACGGAGCACAAGACAUGUCAUACCCACAGCGCCCAGCAGGCAACCAACCCAGCCCGGCCUGCCCGCCUGUUGGAUGUUCAGCCUGAGGAGCUGAUCGAUGACGUGCGGUUGGUGCGCUUCGAGGAGGCUAAGGGCCCUUAUGCUGCACUCUCAUACUCGUGGGGUGACCGGCCGCAUGCCGCGACCACGACGUCUCUGAACAUCCGGCAACGAAUGGAUUCGAUCUCGCUGAGCGAUCUCCCAAGGACUUUCACAGAUGCAAUCGCCUUCUGCCGUGAGAUGAACGUUCGCUACCUGUGGGUGGACGCCCUCUGCAUCAUACAGCCGUGGCCAGGAGAUGUGCUGGGCCUGCAAGACUGGGAGACUCAAAGUGCAAUCAUGGGUUAUAUCUAUGCCAAUGCAAUCUUCACCAUAGCAGCACAGGGAGCCGCAAACGCCGAUAUAGGCCUGUUUCCGGACAAAGCACCCUUCGAUCUCAGCCCCCGAUCCUGCCCUCUCUUCCUUAACAGAGACGGUUCGUCCCUUUAUGUAAAAGCCGAGCCAGCAGAGUGGGUGGCAUCUGUGGGUGAGAGUGCUCUCCAGCGACGAGCAUGGGUCCUUCAAGAGAGACUGUUGUCCACCAGGCUGAUCCAUUUCACACAGCAUGGUAUCUUUUGGGAAUGUGCUGAGCGCUGUGCAUCCGAGUUCGAGCCCGGCAGCACCGAAACGGGUGGCCUACUCACCCUGUCAGUCAUGUUUCCGCCUACAAGCGGUCCAGAGAAUGCAGUAAAAACGAAGAACGACAUCAUGCUCGAGUGGACUGGCAUCCUCGCGGACUAUAGCGAGCGGAACCUCAGCGUCGUCACGGACAAGUUUCCGGCCAUUUCCGCCAUCGCACAACGCGUCGCCCUCUUGACGGGCGAUACAUAUCUUGCGGGAAUGUGGAAGUCACGCUUGUUCGACGAUCUGCUCUGGACCGGGAUGUGGAAGUUCCCGUCUUUUCGACAACGGCCCUCCGAAUACGUGGCCCCAACUUGGUCUUGGGCCUCCGUCAUUGGAAAGACCUCGCACAACGCGGUCGGUACUUCUGACCGGCGAGUGGCGCGAGUGGUGUCCGUCUCAGUGAACCUCGCGAAUCCUGCAAACCCCUUCGGCCGAAUUCAGCCUGAAGCCUCAUUGCAGCUUGCAGGACGUAUUCGGCAUAAUGUGUUUGCCACUGCGCAUGACACGGCGGAAGACGACGCGCCCUGGCACGACUUAUGGUUCGAAGUCCCCGAAGGCCAUGCUCUGGCAAACAUAACAGGCGAGUUGAAGGGAGCCGCCAGACACAGCGGCGUCGCGGCGGUGUGGUUUGACGUUGCUGGCGACCACGUUACUCAAGCGUUCAGUGCUUUGUUGAUGACUGGGAACAGCAGGAGAGACACAUGGGAUAGCGAUACGAUCGUUCCGGACCCGGAACAUCAAAGGAUCAGCUCCACGGCCAUGCUUAUCAUCCCAGACGGUGGUGACAGCGGUCGAUAUGUGAGAAUUGGACAGGCCAAUAUCAGGGACCUUAAUUUCUUUGUUGGCUGCCAGGAGGAGGUUGUUGAGCUCUUUUGA